UCAGCUUUGGGCCGCCAAUAUCUUCUCUUUUGACACAACAAAAUCUCAACGUGGUAGACAACCGGAGCACAGCUGCUAGCUCAACGGAUUAAUCUUGACAUUAGGAAAAAUGGCAUUUGGCGACUACCUUAAGAUAUCGGGAUUUCUUGCCGAUAUGAAAUCCAGAAACCUCAGUCUUUAUGGACAGUGGAUUGGUAUUGGAAGCAUAUUCCUUUCGCUUGCACUUGGAAUUGCAAACCUUUUCCAUAUAAAUCUUGUUUUCAUUUUCGGGAUCAUUGCCAUUGUGCAAGCCCCUGUUUUGGCAUUGGUGGAGAUUCCAUUCUUGUUAAAGAUCUUCCGUAUCCCAGACUCAAUUAUCUCUUUCAUUCAACAAUUGGACACCAACCCGAACCGUGCGGCAUUCUACACAGUCAUGGCGGUGCUCCAGUGGUUGAGUUUGACAUGUAUGGCCACAUCCUUACUUACAUUGGCUAUAUUGUUCACCGUGAAUAUUUUCCUAUAUGGGGGUGCUGCAAUAAUGAAACAGGACUUUCAUAAAAGUAAUGUUGUUGCCACUGUUCAGGUAAGUGAAACUCCGUCAGAAGCACAGAUAAGAAACGUCUUAUAAAAGAUGUCAUUUUCUAAUUUCUGUAUUUUCUUGGUCCUUUUUGUUUAGUUUUCCUUUACCUACAUAAUUACUAUGUAUCGAUAUAUUACAAUAGUAUACUGCAAAAA